UCCUCUCUCUCAUCCAACGACCCCCUCAACACCACCAUCAACCUCCUCCUCCACCUCAAUCACACCACCAAAACCAGCCGCCACCUCCGCCGCAGCUGCAGCAACAACAAUCUCCGGCAGCACUGGAUCCCGCCGUCGCAUUAAUGGGUCCCACAAUUCCAUUUGUACCCCCGUCCCCGUGGCAAUCCAACGGUCACGAUCACCCCAUCCCUCAGCUCCAUCACCAUCACCAUCAUCAACAACAACAGAACCAUCUUCAGCUUCCUUGGCCCCACUCUCUCUCUUACCCGCAAAAUCUCUUCGGGUUGACUCAUAAUCCGUUUGCCCCUCCUCCUGGUGUACCCCAAACCCAAACCCUAACCCCAAUUCCCAACUCCAACAUUGGAAUCGACGAUCUCAGAAGAUUAGGGUUUCCAGUCGAAACGGUCGCUACUACUACAAAUCUAAGCAAUAACAGCAACAUUAGAGUUGAUGCUUUUGUUCAGCAGCAGAAGCAGCAGGAGCUGAAGCUAAAGUUUGGGUCCUUGCCUAAUGACGCUUUUGCUCAUGAAGUUCCACCUAAUGGGGCGGUGGAUUCGUUGCUGUACUUGAAGCUGAACAAUGGGAACUUGAACUUCCAUGUUGAACCGCAUAAACAAGGUCCAAAAUUUUCAAAUUCUGCUGGGAAUUUUGAUGUUGUUGAACAAGAUAGGAGAGGGGUUGAGAGGGGGAAUAACAACAACCACAUCAAUAUUAAUAACAAUAGUUUUCAUGGUGGUGGAGGGAAUCUUAGGUCUGAGACUAGUAGGGCUCCACCGCCAGGGUUUGGGAACAAGCAAAGGGGAAAGGGUCAUUGGGGCUCUGGGGGGAGAAGGAAGGGUUCAGAGGUUGAUGAUGAUCGAGCGAUGCCUGUUGAUUCUGGGGGAUUGGGUGGUAGGAUUGAGAGUGUGCACCCUAGGAAGGAAAAUUUCAGGAUGGUGUCUGGGGGAAGAAGUGGUGGCAGAGGCAAUGUGGGUCGCGAGAUGGGGAUUCUCGAACAGCUUGAUCACCCAGGGCCGCCGGCGGGGAGUAAACUUCAUUCAGUGUCUGGUGCUGAUGUUGAAGAAUCUUUGGCGAAGCUUCAAAUUGGUGAUGCUGCUGAUGAUGAUGGUGAUGGUGAUCUUGAUGCUGAUGCCCUUGGGGAGCAGCUAGGUGAUUCCUUGUUGGUUGGGGAUGAGUCUGAAGACAAGAAUAACUCAAGGCAACGCCGUGCUCGGGAGAAGGAUGCCAGAUCAUUAGAUUCGAGAGGACAACGGUUACUAAGCCAGCGGCAAAGAAUGUACAAAAGGCAGACGAUAUGUCGAAGGGACAUAGAUAAUCUUAACGUUCCUUUUCUUGCAAUAUAUGAGUCUCUGAUUCCUCCAGAGGAAGAAAAGGUGAAGCAAACACAACUAUUAGCGUUAUUGAAGAAAUUAGUUAGCAAAGAGUGGCCAGAAGCUCAACUUUAUAUUUAUGGAUCAUGUGCUAAUUCAUUUGGCGUUUCUAAAAGUGAUAUUGAUAUUUGCCUUGCAAUUGAGGAAGCAAACAUGGAGAAAUCCGAUAUUCUAAUGAAAUUGGCAGAUAUUUUACAAUCAGAUAAUCUGCAGAAUGUGCAGGCUUUGACUCGGGCAAGAGUUCCUAUAGUAAAACUCAUGGAUCCAGCGACAGGAAUUUCUUGUGACAUAUGCAUCAACAACCUCCUUGCUGUUGUAAAUACAAAGCUUCUUUGGGAUUAUGCUCAAAUAGAUGCAAGAUUAAGGCAGUUGGCAUUUAUUAUCAAACAUUGGGCAAAGUCAAGAGGAGUGAAUGAAACUUAUCAUGGAACCUUAUCUAGCUAUGCGUAUGUCUUAAUGUGCAUUCAUUUUUUGCAACAACGAAGGCCUGCUAUCCUUCCUUGCUUACAGGAGAUGGAAUCGACGUACUCUGUUAAGGUGGACAAUGUGAAUUGUGCUUACUUUGAUAAAGUUCGGACACUCGCUGAUUUUGGACGCCCCAACAAGGAAACAAUAGCUCAGUUAGUGUGGGGAUUUUUCUAUUAUUGGGCCUACUGUCAUGAUUACGCAAAUUCAGUUAUAUCUGUACGUACAGGAAGCAUAAUCAGUAAGCGAGAGAAGGACUGGACGAGGUGGGUUGGGAAUGAUCGGCAUCUGAUAUGCAUAGAGGAUCCUUUUGAGAUAUCUCAUGAUCUGGGCAGAGUGGUGGAUAAACGCAGUAUCAAGGUUCUGAGGGAAGAGUUUGAACGUGCUGCUGAUAUAAUGCAGUAUGAUCCAAAUCCAUGUGUUAAACUUUUUGAGCCCUAUGUUCCUUCUUGAUUCGUUGCUUUUGUCCAAUAUAUAGUGAUAUUAGGUAGAUUUAUAGCUAGAGACUAGGGUGAGGAAGUAGUGGACACUCAGCUUGUAAAGGUUCUGCUUUCCAUGUUUUCGUAUAUGACAAUGGGUCAUGUCAUGUUCAUAUGUGUAUUUUUCAAGGUAUCUAAAUAUAUGUCAUCUAAGUGUAAAAAGCUUUUGUCC